AUGGCUAUCUCAACGACGACAUUAUUCCUGUGCGGUCCUCAGGCUCGCCUUCCUGCAUCGCAAGAACUGGAUCAACUCCGAAAAGUCUUGCUGAGCCAUGAGACUCUCUGCGAGUCUCUAAAUUCCACACUCAAAGACCUGCCCAAGCUUUUUGGGCAAUUGACUGCUUCAGAUACCUCGUUGAAACAGGUUCUGGCAGCUGAAUCCAUCGAAUCCCUUUCGCAAUGGCUGAAGUCAGGGAAACUGUCAGUACCAGCAGAUAAGCUUCUGAAUGUUGCCGCAUUACCUUUCGCAGUUCUUUUGCAAAUCACAUUGUAUGUCCAAUACAUGGACAACACGGAUGCUGGAUCUGAUUACACACACACACUUCGCUCUCUACAAAAGUAUGGCGUUCAAGGUUUCUGCACUGGCUUUCUUACUGCUGCAGCAAUUGACUUAUCUGGAAAUGAGGAGCAAUUGGCCGUGAAUGCCGCCACUAGUUUGCGUCUAGCAAUGUGCAUCGGUGCGUACAUUGAUCAAAAUGCUAUGUCUACGGAGUCCUUGAGUCCAGUGUGUGCUCUCUCCGUUCGGUGGAAGCAGGGCCAGUUCUCUAAAGCUCAGCUUGAGGGGAUAUUAAGUGGAUAUUCACACGCUUACAUCUCAUGUAUUACCGACAACACUUGCGUCACCGUCACUGCCCAAGGACGAGACGGAAAGAAGCUCACAGAAGCAUUGAAAGAAGCUGGUCUUCGUGUCAAAACCGUAGAUAUCAAUGGGCGAUUCCACUCAGCUGCCGAUCACACUGCCGCAGCUCAAAAGCUAAAAGCGUUUGCACAAACCGCCAAGGGUCUCCAAUAUCCUGCAAGCUCCCAACUUAAAGCCCCUUUACGGAUGAAUACCACGGGAGAACCAAUAGCUGGUGACGUCUCAAUUACUGAUAUUGCAAUUGAGAGUAUCCUCCUCCAUACUGCUGAUUGGUACACGACUGUGCGGAGCACUUUGGGCGCUUCUUCAAGUGAUAGCCCAAAUGUCAUCACGUUUGCUUUCGAGGAGGGUGUUUUACCUUUGAGUCUUUCACAGAGAAAUGGUACCACAGACGGUAUCAAUGGGGUGAAUGGUAUCCACAACAUUAAUGGUACCAAUGGUACCAACGGGGUUAAUGGUAUAAAUGGGGAGCUAAAAGCAAAAUAUCCACCACAUUCAGUGGCAGUAGUUGGCAUGUCGUGUCGAUUUCCUGGCGCCAAUGACGUGGAUAAAUUCUGGGACCUCCUCUCAUCAGGCGUCUCCAUGGUUCAAAAAGUGCCCGCCGACCGUCUGAAUAUUCACAAUCACAGACUCGCUGACCAUAGCAACACUGAAUUCUGGGGAAACUUCAUCGAUGACCCGGAGAGCUUUGACCACCGUUUCUUCAAGAAAUCAGGACGCGAAGCCGUCUCCUGGGAUCCUGAGAAGCGAGUUCUGCUGGAAGUCGUUUACGAAGCUUUGGAAUCUGCGGGUCAUUUCGGCCCUGCUGGUGAGAACCAGCCGAACGACUAUGGCUGCUAUAUUGGUGCUGUGGCAAACAACUAUUAUGAUAAUGUUGCAUGCCAUCAACCAAAUGCAUACUCUAUGUUGGGAACAUCGCGCGCGUUCUUUAGUGGAAGAAUUGCGCAUCAGUUUGGAUUCUCAGGUCCGGCUAUGACGAUUGAUACUGCAUGUUCUUCAUCUCUAGUGGCAAUAAAUACUGCUUGUCGAGCAAUUCAAUCGGGAGAGUGUUCGCGUGCAAUCGCUGGUGGAACGAAUAUUUUUAGCAGUCCCUACGAUUAUCAGAAUCUGGCUGCCGCAGGAUUCUUGAGCCCUUCCGGUGGCUGUAAACCAUUUGAUGCCUCUGCUGAUGGCUACUGCCGUGGAGAAGGUGUUGCGGCCGUGGUACUUAAAUCUCUCUCAGCUGCUAUUGAAGAGGGUGAUCACGUUUUGGGUGUGAUUGUUGGAUCGGCUGUGAACCAGAAUCACAAUGAUGCUCAUAUCACUGUUCCAUGCUCUUCUUCUCAAACGACCGUUUACAAGAAGGUGCUUAAAUGGUCCACUAAAAAUCCUUGA